ACGGAGGAGCCGGGAGUCCGCGGCGCCGGCUCGGGGCUGCGGGAUGGGGAGUUAGCGCCACGGCGGCGGCAGUGGCCGCGGCGCAACCGGCCGCCGCCCCCGGGCCCGUCCCGCCGGGGACGCCGGGCGCGGCCAGCCAGCCCCGGAGCCAGGCCCGCGGGCAGCGGCGGAGGCGGCGGCGGAGCUGGGCAGGUGGAUGCGGCUGGAAGAUGGCGCCCUCGGGCCCGGGCAGCGUCAGGCGGCGGUGCCGGCGGGUCCUGUACUGGAUCCCCGUGGUGUUCAUCAGCCUCCUGCUCGGCUGGUCCUACUACGCCUACGCCAUCCAGCUGUGCAUAGUGUCCAUGGAAAAUAUUGGAGAACAAGUUGUGUGCCUGAUUGCGUAUCAUCUACUUUUUGCAAUGUUUGUCUGGUCGUAUUGGAAAACUAUCUUUACAUUACCAAUGAAUCCUUCAAAAGAAUUCCAUCUCUCUUAUGCAGAAAAAGAAUUGCUAGAGAGAGAGCCAAGAGGAGAAGCCCAUCAGGAAGUUCUUAGGCGAGCAGCCAGAGACCUUCCCAUCUACACCAGGACCAUGUCUGGAGCAAUCCGCUAUUGUGACAGAUGCCAACUUAUAAAACCAGAUCGCUGCCAUCACUGUUCCGUCUGUGAUAAAUGUAUUUUGAAGAUGGAUCAUCAUUGCCCAUGGGUGAACAAUUGUGUUGGAUUUUCAAAUUAUAAAUUUUUCCUCCUUUUCUUGGCUUAUUCUCUGCUGUACUGCCUUUUUAUUGCUGCUACAGAUUUACAGUAUUUUAUCAAAUUUUGGACUAAUGGCCUACCUGAUACUCAAGCCAAGUUCCAUAUUAUGUUUUUAUUCUUUGCUGCAGCUAUGUUUUCUGUCAGCUUGUCUUCUCUGUUUGGCUAUCAUUGUUGGCUAGUCAGCAAAAAUAAAUCUACAUUAGAGGCAUUUAGAAGUCCAGUAUUUCGACAUGGAACAGAUAAGAAUGGAUUCAGCUUGGGUUUCAGUAAAAAUAUGCGACAGGUUUUUGGUGAUGAGAAGAAGUACUGGUUGCUACCCAUUUUUUCAAGUCUAGGUGAUGGCUGCUCCUUUCCAACUUGCCUUGUUAACCAGGAUCCUGAACAGCCAUCUACUCCUGCAGGAUUGAAUUCAUCAUCUAAAAAUCCUGAAAACCAUCAAUUUCCUGCAAAGCCAUUGAGAGAGUCCCAGAGCCACCUUCUUACUGAUUCUCAAUCUUGGACAGAGAACAGCACAAACCUGGGAAAAGGUAAAGCUGGUAUGAGCAAUCCUGCACUUACCAUGGAGAAUGAGAAUUAACUCUUCUAACAAAAUUUACUCAUACUUCACGGAAGUAAUCAGUGCUGUCGAUGGAUGGAAGAGGCUUCCCGCAGGAAGGCACCACUAACUUGCUGUUCCCACCCCCUCUGGCUGGAUAUGCAGAAUGUGAAUUGACCGUUUCUCUCCGAGCUGUUGCUUAAAACAGAACACAUUUUUACUCCAGUAUACAGAUUGUUUCACCUAACACAAAUUCCUCUUAAACAUUAAAAGUAGUUAUGGUUUAUGAAUCAAGGACAAAAAUAUCUUCUAUCAUAAAAACUUGGAAUAAAUUCAUGGGCCAGUUUUCACCCAGAUAUUUGGGGAGCACAACUUACCACAUAAAAAACCCACUGAUCCUCUGAUUUUCUGAUUCAGAAAAUUGAGACUAUUAAGGUACUGAGAUUUAAAAGAUUUCACGUAACAUAAGGAUAAGCUUUAUUUGUAAAACCUGUUACCUACGAGAAGGUGGAGGUAGCAGAUGAGACUUGUUUACUCCCUCUGAUGUGAAUCUAGCCUUAGGCUGCGUGAACUGUAAAAACUAUGAAUUCAUUACAAAUUUCAAGUGGCCUGCAGUUGAAGAUGACCAUCCAUUUUUUUUUUUUUUUUUUUGCCAGACUUUAAUUCUAGCCUUUGUUCCCUGCUGGAAAAGAAGUGUGAUCAUUGAAGCUUGAGCUCAACUGGCUGGAAAAUCUUUGUCAGAAUUAAUACAUUUCUAUUACAUCACAAAUAUAUUUUUCAUUUAAUUAUCUGAAAAUGGGGGAAAGUCUAUAAUAACAAUUAAGAAGAUUGGUUUAUGAUAUUCUUUUGCUGGUUUAGCUUUUAAAAGUCUCUUUUUAGGUUAUUCUAUUGAACAUAGCAAACAUUGAAUUUUUGUUAAGAAUCUCUGAUGGGCCAAUGGAUUAAUCCUUUUGACAUCUAUAUUAUUUCUUUUUCCUCUCAUCAGAAGUAUGACAAUUAAACUACAUAGGUCCUCAAAUACCUGUUAAGAUUAAAUUAUGCAAAUCAUCAAACAAAAGUCAUAUCCUUUUGGAAAUUUAGUCCCACAUGAACUGAAUGGUGUGCUGUUUGGAAACUGAGUUUAAGAUAAACUACAGUGGUGUGUUUGUUGAUGCCAAAAUGUUCGGCUUCAGUAAAUAUACUAAGAAGCUCUUGUGCCUUCUAUGCACUAUUAAAGAGUCUUAUUCUUUUUUAAUUUGAUGGAGUGCAAGUUUUGUAAAUGUUAGCAAUUAGAAUACGCUGUGUACAUUUUUUUGGUACUGAUUUUGAGAAUUUAAAGCAGAUUACCCUUUAAGACUACCCAGCUAAGGAACUGGUAUUUAAACAAAGAGAAAAUGGUAUUAAAGUUUUCAAAAUCUGAAUUAGAUAAAUUCAACACAAAGUAGACUAGAAGACCAGAGGAUAAUGGAGUAACAGAUCUUUGCAGUUGCUCAUCCUUGCUAAAAAUAUGAAGUUUUAUAUUAAAUAACUUCAUAAAAGAACCAGUGUCAGCCCAGUCCAUUUUAUAAAUCAUUUGAGUGCAAUUCUUUGAGCAAUAGGAUGGUGGUCUUUUUCAGGUUUUUUUUUUUAAACUAAAGAUUUUGAUCUGACAAUCUACUUCAAGAAAACUCAGAAGAUAUGAUACAUUCUUACUUUUAUCCUAAAGCAUUGUUUGAUCAUCGUUUUCAUUACCUGAAGUGCCAGGUUGGAACCUAUAGCUCCUGUUAGAAGUCUUAAGGGCAAGAGCAUCACAUAAUGUAUUAAGAAUUAUAUGCAGCCUGAUGCUUUUCAAAGCACAGGACUAGAGCUGUUUUUACGGACAGGAUUCUGUUGGGUGACCCCUCCUGUCAAACUAGAAAUUAGGGGAAAAAGAGGGAUUUUUAUUCUUUACCUUGCUAGAGUACUGUUAAUUUCCCCCCCUCCCUUUAGCUCUUUCAUGUAAUUAUUCAAAUCCAUAAGUCAAUAUACAUUAGAAUCAGAUGAAAACAUUUUUCAAAAUAAAGUUUUUUUCAUUAAGUUGUAAUGGUUCCCUUUUUGGUUUCAUACAGUGACUAAUCUUUAAAAUGUUUUUUGUUUAGUUUUAACUCUAAGGGGUUAUAAUUUUUGGAGAUGAUGGCAUAUCAUUAGAUUUGCAGUAUAAAUUUUAUCUGAGUGAACAGAGCGUCAAAUAGACCUACAUUUUGUAUAUAUUUAUAAAAUGUACCUUAAAAACACUUUAAACACUGCUUUAAAAAAUUUAAUUGCUUAACUCAAACUUGAAGACACUUGAAGUAUGUCCUGACAGUCCAUUAAAUGAUAAUUUUGAUUUUUCCUGUUUUUAGAGAUUAUAUCAUAUAGGUAUCAAUAUUUAAGAAUUUUUUCAUUUAAAAAUGUUGUACAAAUGCUUCAUAUACAUUAGCUAUUUGCCAUUGUGCAGUGGAAGAUUUGUUUUUUUCAAAGAGAAAAAAACUGCAUCUGAAUACAAUGAUGAGACAUUCAAGUAAGUGCUUAUCUAUGAAUUCCCUCCUGUUAUACCAUAAUAAAGUCUGGUUGAUCACCUUUGUUAGCUGUCUAUAUGAAAUUGCCUUUGCACUAACAAUCUAAAUUGCUUUAAAGAUAUACUUUUCCUAAUCAUCUACCAGAGCUCCUGCAGGCAAGAUUCAUGUCUACAACCUGGUUAUGACGUAGGUCUUUGGAGAAGUGGAUGACAGGAUGAGGUGAUUGCUCAUUAGUAGUUAAAGGAGCCUGAGGACAAUUAGAAAAAGACUAACAUUUGAGUGUGCUGGAAUCAGUAGAUGGCUGUUGGAAAUAUGGCAUAUGUUUGACAAAAAACCAUCUUCACUGGGAAAAUCAUACACAAAGGUCUUAUAAACCAUGUUCAUAAAAAAUUAAGCUAGAAAUGUGAUUCAUGCUUCAAGAAAACCUGUGAAAAAGCUGCUACUCGCUUAUAUUAUAAACUAGCAAAUUUUCCCUAUUUUGCAAUAGUACAUGUAAACCUGCUGGGCUGAUUCUUACUGUAUGUAUACUGUGGUGCACACUUACUGUCAAAUAUUUACCUGUAAAAGUGAUAGUUCUGAUACUAUUAUGAAUUUUUUUUAGAAAAGCUACCACGUAUAUUCAAACCUCAUAAAACUUAAACGCAAAUCCACUUACACUGUAAACCGUGAUGAAGGUAUCCUCCAGUACGACCAUCCCCCUUCCACAGACUACAAAUUCUGAUCUGCUAACAUUUUAUCUGAAGUGAUGCAUUUCAACAAUGGAUUUUCGCUAGUAACAUACAUCUCUGGUAGUGUCCCGAUUUGUAUCAAGUGGACAUCACUGAAGGGAUGAGUUCAAGUAGGCUUGUUUCAAAGGAACUCCUGUGGAUCACAAACUAUGAAGUAUCUCCCAGCACGAUGUUCAGUAUAGCAGGAGGCUCUGAAAUAGGAUGUUUUUUCCAUCUUCCAAAAAAAAGGAUGCAAGAAGUAGAGAAUAUGGAUGAGCCCUGGAGUAAUGGCUAGAAAGAAUCAACAGAAGGACAGUCUGUAUACAGAUGUAUACUUCAGGAUGAACCAGAACCAAGGCCAUACAAAUGACCACAAUAUUUGGCAUCAUCAAUAUGAUCUUCAAAGAACAUCUAAAAAGGAAUUUUGGAAGAAAAAAAAGAUAAUUUUAACCAAAAGGUACCACUGGUAAUUUAUAUUUCAGCAAUGUAAGUACUGACUGUUCAUUAACUAUAAUGACAGCUCUUUUCUAUGGUGCUCCUCUGAAGCCACACAUUUAAAUUAAAUGUAUAAGACUGGCUUUCUCAAGAAGUACAGAGCUCAAAAGAAACCAAAGAAAAAGACUACCAAAAAAAUGUAUAAACACAACGCCUUUCCUAUUAACACUCAGACCAUUUUUGAGAAUUUGUAACGGAAAAAUGGCAGGCAUUUUUAUUCCAUUAAUUUAAUAAUACUUAAUCAUGAGAAUGAAUAAAAAUAGCCAGUAAUGGGCAGGGGAGGGGAAGUUUAGGUUUAUAAGUAGCCUUGAGUUUGUGUGCAAGGCUAAGUUGGCUAAAAACAAUCAAACCCCAAACAUGUCUGGACAGCAAACCCUGAACAUUCAGAUUAGGUUAUUAUCCUUAAUAAAGCCAAGAAAAAUAAAGAUAACGAAUUAGUAGCAAAGAAUCCACCAUUAAUUGAACCAUAAAGGCAUUUUUAAAUGCAAAACUGAGAACUCAAAAGGUUGUCUUAAUUCUCUAAUGAAGCACUGGGAAGAAGUACAAAACAAAAUAUUUACUUGUCAUGAACAGUCCAAAUCACUUCUGAAUCAAUACCACUUGGCAAAAUAGCUAUAUGCUUUCUAUUGUAUGUAUUAUUAAUACAUUUCUACAAAAAGUUUUAAAUCCCCAGAAGUAUUCUCAGUCAUUUCUUUAAUGUCUAAGAGGAUAUACUCAAAAGAAUUCUACAGUGAAUAUUUUGCAAGAAGGAAAACUCUUUUGUAAGCAAAAAAGUCCAUUCUGUUUUGUUUUUGCACAACUGGCUUUCUUUUCUUUGCAUUUAGCUACAAUGAAGUAUACCUGUCACUUAACCUAAGAGUAGACUUGGGUUCAUUAAAUUUCAUUCUUCCAUACCUAACUUCUUUAUAUUUGAAGAACUUAUCUCUGUCUUUUGCCACUUAAGGAGUGUCUGCCCAGCAUGGUUUUUGAUUUAACUAUUUCAGAUUUAACCCCUUUAGAAUUCAAAACCUCUUGGUAAGAAUCUACUAAAAAGCAUGAGUCCUACUCUGUAAAUCCUCAAAGAACUGAAGAAUGGCAAGAGCAAACAGUAUUUUCAGCAGCAGUUUUAAUACCUAAGAGAAGCCAAUGCCAGGGAAAACUUAACAUAUGGAUUCCUUGACUUGACAGAAGCAACACUGAUGUGGCCAACAGAAAGUCCUCUGGAGUUCUCCCAUUAGUAAUGUGUAUGACCUUGGAUAAAGGCUACCUGCAUCUGGCCUCAGCUUCCUCACCUAAAAAAUAAUAUGGUUGGACCUACAUGACUUCUAAGGCCAUUCCUGUGAGCAAUGAGUCAGAUCCUGCCUGAUGCUGUGGUCCUAUCCGUUCCAGCUCUAACUGUUCAGCAACUUCCUGUAAACCACCCUACAAGAAAGAAAAAUGGCUUGUCAAAAGAAAGAAACAUUGCAACACUCGAAUUCACAAAUUACAUAACUUAGACAAUGACCAAAAUAGAAAUGAACUUCAGUAUGUAAAGAUGGACCUUAUGAAGAUCAGCAAAAAAACAGAGAAUGUGAAUUACUGAUGUAUUUGUUGAAUGGGGGAGAUGUUUAUAAUUUAAUAAAUGAGAUCCUAAUUGGGAAAA